AUGUCGAACGACAACCUCCUCACCGACGAAUAUGUCGCCGAACUGCUGGCCAAAGAGGCAGACGACUGCUCGCUAAAGUACUCCAGCAUGGGCAUGGAUGCGUUCCGCACCGACAAGAAACCGGCAAACAUGCCCAAGCCAAACACCCGUUUUCUGCGCCACAUCAUCAAGGACACCAACACGCACAACAAGAACCUCCUCGCCAAGGAAGCCGCAGAGUCCCGCGCGCGGCUGAAGGAUCUCGAACACGCCGAGGAGAAGGAGAGGCGAAGGAAGGCGGGGCCGCAGGAUAUCCGCAGACGGCAGAUGGGCGACAUCAAGGCUAUUUUGGGCGACCGCAAGGAGAGGCCGAGCCGCGCAGAGCGCACCGACGAGAAGCCGCUGAAAGAUGACGACUCAUCGCCGCGCAGAAAACAUCACAGGGAACUGAGAAGCGAGUCGCCGGAACGUGGCACCAGCGGGAGACACCGCCGCAGUAGGAGGGAUGGGUCGGACACGGAGCGCGAUGACCGCCGACGGCACAAGAGCGACAGGCGGCGGUCACGCUCGCCCGCCGAGAAGUCUAGAAGACACCGUCACCGAUCGCCCCUUGGGGGCAAAGACUCGGCAUCGAAGUCGCACCGCGGCGACAAGGAGCGGGGCAGAGGCGAAACCGCGCAUGAUCUGAUAUUGAGAAGCCUACGCAGCCGAAAGGAGAGAAGCCGCGAAAGGCCACAGGGGGGAUUCUCCAUCAAAGGCAGCAGCCGUCGCACGACGCAGGAGCAGGGCUCUGCCACGGCCGCGUCCGAUUCGGACCCGUUGGACGAUUUCAUCGGCCCGGCUCCGCCAGAGCAAGUCCGUUCGCGGGGCCGCGGCGCGGCGUCGGGGACGUCGAGCAUCGACAAGCGUUUCGAGGCGGACUACGACCCCAAGGCGGACAUGGAGAUGGCGGACGACGGCGCGGGCGCGGAGAACUGGGAUGACGCCGUGGAGGCCUUUCGGGACCGGCAGAAGUGGCGGCAGAACCAGGAGCAGCGCAUGCGGGCGGCGGGGUACAGCGACGAGAUGAUCAAGAAGUGGAAGGAGGGCGGCGCCGGCGGCGAGCACAAGGACGAGCGGGACGUGCGGUGGGCCAAGGCCGGGGAGAAGCGGGAGUGGGAUCGCGGCAAGGAGGACGAGCCUACCGGGCUGUUUUCCGAGUUCAACUGA